CGAGUUUGAUCGCGGAAACGCCGGGUUGAGCUUUUCAUUUCAAAGCCCGCACUUUCCCGAUACUUACAACCUCGGGAGACAACACAUCACCAACGCCUAACAUGUUGUGCUCCUCGUUCCGCUCAGCAACCGCCUCCCUGGGUCUGGGACGGCGAGCAGCUUCUACCAUUGCUCAAAAGUACUCCAAAGCUGUUUACUCGGCUGCUCUUUCGAAAUCACCGCAAACUCUCAACAAGGUUCAGUCGGAAUUGAACGCCAUCUCUACUGUCAUCAAGGAGGUGCCCGACCUCAAGGCAUUCGUCAAUAACCCAACGCUAUCUGCCAAGGAUCGCUCUGCGGGCCUCGCUGUCAUAUAUUCUCGCGCAGAAGGCUCCAAGAAGGAGCCUGUCUCCGACAUAACCAAAAACUUAUUUGGUGUCUUGUCGGAGAAUGGUAGACUUGGAGAGACGGAAGGUGUUAUCGAGGGGUUCAACGAGUUGGUUGCAAAGUACAAGGGAGAACUGGAAGUGGUUGUCACGUCUGCUACUCCUCUGCCUAGGGAUUUGUCCUCCCGGCUGGAGACUAUCCUCAAGCAGUCUCAGACAGCUCAGCAAGCAAAGACGCUGAAAAUUUCGAACAAGGUCAACCCUUCAGUUCUCGGUGGCAUUGUGGUGGACUUUGGUGACAAGAGCAUUGACCUCAGUGUCUCAUCGCGUGUCAACAAGCUUAACAAUGUUCUGCAGCAAUCCGUAUAGAUACACACGCAUGUCGUAGAGGAGAUUGCCAGUGGCCGGGAUUCCCCAACCUCACGAAGGAAAGGAAAGCUUAGUCGAGUACUUUUGUUCUUACCCAGCCAAUGCAAUCGCGCUUUAGAAAAUGCGUCCCUC